AUGAAUACAAAUACUGAACAAGAAAAACCAAUCGUAGAAUUACCAUCUACUGUUUCAACUGAAACAGAAAAUCCACCACUUGCAUCAUCAUCAACAACAACUGGCGAUAAUACUACGAAUCAGGCUCCAGUAGUUGAGGAACAACAUUCAUCAUCAUCAUCAUGGUUUAAUAAUUUUGGUUUACCAUCAAAUUUAACAAAUCAAUUAACAAAUUUAAGUUCAUCAAUUAUGCAAGUGACUUCAAAAGUAGGUGAAGUUGCUAAUACACUUGUUCAUAAAACAUUACCACAACGACCUUUAUCACCAAUUGAAAAUCAACAAACGGAUGUAACAAAAAAAGAUGAAGAUGAAGAACAAACUUCUGAAGAAUCUACAGGCAUAGCUGGAAUCAAUAAAGAUCUGACUAGUAUUUUUAAUGAUCUAAGUUCAACUGUAAAAAAAGGUGCACAACAAUUAAAACAUGCUGUUGAAGAAACAUCAUUACUUGGUGAUUUUUCAAAAGAACAUGAAAAAUUUGUAACAGAAAAACGUACACAACAACGUCGUGAAGAAGCAGCUGUCCCACCUUGGGUUGGUUAUGUUGAAGAAGAGGAAAUGAAAAAACAAAUUUUAGCACUUUCCAAGGAAAAACGUAAUUUUCUUCGAAGUCCACCACCAGGUGCUAAUUUUCAUUUUGAUAUGACUGCAUUAUAUCCAGUUGCAUUAGCAACACUUGAUGUUGAUGAAAAUUUAAAACAAAUGCGUUUUGAUCUUGUACCAAAACAAAUUAAUGAAGAAGCAUUUUGGCGUAAUUAUUUUUAUCGUGUUAGUUUAAUCAAACAAUCUACUCAAUUAUCGGCUUUAGCACAUGAAAAAGCAAAUACUUCAUCGACUGAUGAUACCCAUGGUGUAUCAGACGCACGUAACCGUACAGCAUCUGAUUCACAAGAUAAAACUCAUGAUGCAAAUCAAGAAUUUGUUAGUGAAGAUUAUGAUGCAUCAGCUGUUAGUAUGGAUGAUAUUCGACGUGAAAUUGAACAAUUAACUGUAACAAAACCGAAUUCAAAUAAAACAAAUCAAACUAGAGGUGGUAGUUCAGAUGACAAUGAAUGGGAUAAAGCAUUAGCUGACGAACUUGACAACGUUUCUGCUGAAGAACUUGAAGCACAAAUAAAUCAAAUGUUAGCUGUGAGUAAUGCAAAAGAACAUCCUAAACGAUCAAAAUCAGUAGAUGCAGCAAGAUUACGUCGACGUCAACAAAAAGAUAUUCAAAAGAAUCAUUUAGAACCAAACUCAUUAGAAGAAUAUGGAUACCAUUUUGAGAAUGGUAAACUUGUUUCAAUUAUUGAUGGUAAACCAUUUGAAUUUCAUGUACAUUCAAAUAAUGAUGAUAAUCGUGUACGAUACAAUGCCAUUGGACGAUUAGUUACUAACUAUAUAUAUGAUCUGUUAGAAGAGAAAGAAUGUGGUUUGCAACGUAUAAAAAUACCUCUCGAUGCAAAAAAAUCUGAGCCAACUGGAUUUUUUUUUGCCAGCGAAGAUUUUGACACAGCCGAAUAUCUUAUGAUAAUUAUUCAUGGUUCAGGAGUUGUACGAGCCGGUCAAUGGUCACGAAGCUUGAUCAUUAAUGAAGAUUUAGCAGCUGGUUCACAACUUGAUUAUAUUAAACAGGCUCGAAUAAAUCAUUAUGCUGUUAUCGUUACUAAUACUAAUUUAAACACAGAUGAAUCUUCCGAAUCAAUUCUUAAUAUACCACAACGUAUUCGUGGUAGUGGAUCUGCUGAAGAACAUGCUUGUUAUAUAUGGGAAAAGUUUGUUCGACGAUGUCGUGCUCGUCAUAUAUGUAUUAUGGCACAUUCCUAUGGAGGUGCUGUCGUUCUUGAAUUGGCUUCAAAAUAUAUGUCUGAUUUUGAUAAACGUGUUUUUGCUAUAGCAUUAACAGAUUCACCUAUGAGAACCUAUACAAAACAUUUUAAUAAAAAUGUUUCGGCAAUUCUCAAAAAGAAAACAAUUAAUUGGAUAGCUGAUCAUCAUACGGUAAAUACAACUUUAAUCGUCGGAGAUUAUGGUACAGUACGAUCAGCAGGUCAUUUAUUACAUGAAUGGACAUCAUAUACAGCUUUUCAAUGUAUAUUCAAAUUUUUUGAAGACGAACGUAAAAAACUUAGCACAACAUAA